UGUUGUCUUGUCUGUCCAUGUCUUGUCAGAGGAGCUGUCAUUUAUAACUUAUAACAAUUUAGAAUAGGUCAAAAAAUGGAGGAGGAACGUCUUUUCGAUGAAAGGGUUUCAAUAAGGGAAUCAGCUCGACCCCUAAAAAAAUACGGUAGCACCUGCAACCACAUGAAAAGGCACGAAGAAUAUAUCAAACAUGUUAUGGCCAAGGGUGAUACGUUGCAAGGGAUAGCUCUAAAAUAUGGUGUAACUACGGAGAAGAUAAGGAGAGCGAACCGUUUGUUCGCGUCGGACAGUUUAUUUUUGAGGGAAUAUCUGUUGAUUCCUGUGACCAAAGAUUCGCCUUUCUACGAGAGUGGUGAGCGGGUCACCGAGCCCGCGCCGCCGAAUCACCGCGCCUCGAUCGCGGGCAUGCCAACGAGAGAUUUCUCACCGGGCAGUCCAGACGAGAAGAAGAGUUUCGACGAGUUUCUGAACAGGGUGGAUUCAUCACUGGCUGAUAUCAAGAAACAUGUUGAGAAGACUAAGGAAAAUAGUGAAUUCGUGAAGGAGCUUGAAGAUGGUUUCGUGAGGCAUCGACCGACGGCGCGACUGCGACAGUCGGCGUCGCUCGGCGCGUCGAGCUCGUACAACGAGAUCAUCCCGCCGCCGCUGCCGCCGCCGCCGUCCAUGCUGACGCAGGGCCGCCGGGUCGACACGUCGAUCAAGAGGCUGGAGCGGACGCACGACGACCUGUUCCAGUUGUAGCGGUCGAGACAGCGCAGAUAUGCGCGUUUCCAAUGAGCCCGCGUCACGCCGUCCCCGUGGCGUCACGUGAUGUCAUCGUUGAGCGUCACGAACAAGCUCGGUGAGUUGCACGUGUCAACGUCGAGUGAUAUUAGAUAUAACGAUUAAUAAUAUCAAAUUUAUGAUCUGUUACAUAAUAAACAAAUUGUGUAAAAUUAUGGACUAUUGUAAUGUCGUUACAUGAUCGUACUUUUCAAGUUUUUAAAGGUACGUUCACAUUAGGUACUACAGCGAUGUAACUCAUACGUUGAUUGUAAAGAUAUUGGAGUUUUCUUACUGAUGUUGCACUGUAGCAGGCAUUAACUUAAUGUGAACUCUAAAUCUAUGCAGGAACCAAAUGGUUAUUAACUAAACUUUCUGCACCCAGUUGAUUACGUCUUUUUAAAUUUUUUAUUAUGUUAUUCAAUAAUGAAUGCUAGUUGCGUGGUUUACGCUUGUCGUAAAUCAAAACAUUAUUUCUAUUGUAUUGAACUAUUAAAACUAUUUCAAAGUAGGUGUGAUUCAUGUAUUGUUACAUAAUACAGAAUGGUACCUAGCUACAGUACGAUUUUUUAUGGGCACUGAAUAAAAGUUGAGAUUAUGCAUAUAAAUGUGUCACCUAGUUACAGUAAACAGUGGCAUAAAUCGUAUUAUGAGGCCCGUUUGUUUGUUUGUUUGCUCUUAUGACUUAAGAUCAUACAAAUAUCUAGAGUAGGUUAACAAAUAUUAUUUUAUGCUCUUAGAUUCAUUAAAAAAUAUGAACUUAACGACCACGACCAACAAAAAUAUAAAUAUGUCUAUCUUAUCGGGUUCAAAUGUAAUUCAUCAUUAUAUUUUAUUCCUAAGUCGACAGGGUCCCAUUUUCUUUAUCAUUUCUAGGCCAACGCGCAGUGUGAAAUUAUAAAUGUAGAAUAGAUUACACUAUCAAUUAAAAUUAAAUGUAUAGUGAUGCAGUCUUGAUUAAAACGUCAAGUCAAUGUUCUAUUUAGCUACUUUCAAUAGUUGAUUAUAUAUGUACUAUGAGAUAAUAUUAUAACCUAUUUUAUCCUAGGUUGAAGCAUAAAUAGUGUUUUUUACGUAGUUUUUAUUAUUUAUAUUUGAAAUAUAUAACGAAAAUGUUGAGCGCCUCUUAUUUAUGGCAGAAAACUAAUAAUAUACCAGUUUAUUUGCAAAGGUGGUAUACAACAAUUUAAAAAAAUACCUACGUAAUAUUAUAAGCCUACGAGCUCCGAGCUAAUAUUAAUAGGAUUAUACCAAUUACUGUGUGGUCUUAUACAACUACAAUUAAUGUAUCUCAACUACAAGUUCACAACACAUUUUAUUUAAUAAUUAUUGUAUAAUACUGUUAAAUAUACUGUAAAUAAUUAAAUUAGAGAAAACUUAAAAGAGUUUACUCGCAGGAGGCGAUUUUCUUUUUUCUUUUCAAGUUUUUCACGUUGUACAUAUACAACGACUACGAGACUACGAGAAGCUCAAACAGUUCUUGAAAACCUUUUAAUAAUAUGGUAAAAUGAUAAAACGGCUUAAAAUUAAAACGGAUUAUAACAUUUUAAGACCCACUACAACGACGUAGACAAAACAAUAAAACUGAACUGUAAUACCACCUCUUAAUUGACUGUUUAUUAACACUCUAAUUCCAUUGAACGUAUUAACAAAACUCCAAAUAUCAAAGCAUUCACAGCUCAUUGUCAAAACCAUAUAACUUAUUUGUUAGAGAGCAUGGUAUUUCCAAAAGGGUAAUAUUGUCAUGUUAUACUAUCAGAUUCAGUAGAAAAUUACCCUAAAAUAUUUCGUUAUAUUAUGUUCAAUUUACAUACAAAACUGGUCAUUUUGAGUGCCUAGAACACUAAUUGUAUAACUCUUAUUAAUCUUCCACACAUAAAAAUUGACAAAUAGCACUGUCUUGUCUCUACUGUGUUCUGUGACAAACUACCAAUAAAAUACAAUUAACUUGUGACAUACAUAAAGUGAUGAUAAUUCAAUAUUUAGUUGCAGCUUAUUUUAUUCAUCCGUGUAACAAUUACAUAUUAGAUAGAAAUGUAGCUACAUAUAUACAUAAAUAUAUUAUACAUGUUGUAUCAUGUUGUAUGCAAUAAGGCACUGAUUUUGGUGUUAUUUAAAUUAGAUGUCUUAGUCAAAGUCAUUGUACGUAUGAAUGUUUGUAUAUAUGAUGUUGUGGCUAUAUAUGUUAAUAAAAUAUGUAAUAUUAUGUUAACUAUGUAAUAUAUUAUUUAAUUAUAUUUCCUGCAUAUCACUAUUUAUUAACCCUUUAAAUUGCUAAAUGUAUUUAUUUAUUUAUUAUCUAGUUCCUAACAAUUUUUUUUAUUGUAAAUAGCAUAAUUUGUUAUAACAGACGUGGCAGUGGCAAAGUGUACAGGUCGAUUCACAAGAACUGGCACGAAUGAAUAAAUGAGUGAAUGAAAAUAUUUAUAUAUAUGUGUGUGUAUCACAUUAACCAAUAAAAUGAUGUCUCUGACGGUAUACCGAUACAGAUGUCACUCAUACAAUGAAAGCUUCGUUCAUUCCAUUUGUGUUAACCUGUAUAGACGAUCAAAAAUAUCCGUGCAUAAAUGUAGUGUAACGAGCUACGUUGAGCCCCUUGCCUUGAACCUUGCGAGCCUUGAGCGCCUUCAUAUUUAGUCCUUUACAAAUAUCUGAUGAGUACAGUACUGCAAUGGCACUAAGACAUAGAGAUAACACAGAUUUUAUGAAAAUAUAUUGACACUUCGCCACACCAUAGUACCUACGUGAGAUGGUAGAAUAUUCUUCGAAAUAUGUUUGUUGUCAAAUAAAACAUUUACAUGAUCCCAAGACCGUUUCGCGUGUUCUACCCGUCAAUCAGUAUAAUACUUAUCUAGAAAAUAAGUCUAAGUAGAAUCUUACUUAAAAAAAUUGACAAUAUAAACCGAUUUUAAUCAAAAGCUUAAAAAUACGCAUAUGAAGCAGCGAGGAUAACAUUUGUUAACAAAGUUAUUCCAGCCAAAGAUAAUAUAUAUUUCCCUAGUUAGCUAAAUUGUGGCAGCAAAAUAAUCUAUAAUCGUAAUCGUACCUAGUACUAGAUAAUCAACUUGUAGAGUCGCCAUCAGAUAUAUCGGAGCGGCCAAUGUGCUCACAAAUAUCUGAACACACUUGUAUUGUCAUGGCGCUAGAGUGCGUGUUCAGAUAUUUUUGAGCACAUCGGCCGCUUCGACUUAUCUGAUGGCGACUGUACCUAGUUAUACCAGAACUACCUGAUCCUUUAACUCCUUGUCACAAGCUACAAAUCUAGUAUUAAAAUAAUCGAAAGGCAAUGUUUUGAAACUUUUAAAUUCUUGUCUUUUGUAUUGUAUUAUAUUACGUGUACCAAGGAUUUGAUUUGUUAUGGUAUCACCCUUUGGCGUUUUUAUAGCGAGUAGAAUUAUAACUGAGAUUGAGCUUUCACUUUACCUGUCACUGAGUUCAAUACAUAUAAUCCGUACUAACUACCCUAUUUUGUACAUAUUGGUUAAAGGGAUUAUUGCAUUUAUCCUUUUUCAGGACAUUCUCUAUUGAAUGGGAGAAUGGGACAGAUAAUGUUAUAAUUAUGUUGUUUCCCUAUCCCUCUUGGCAUCAAGAUAACAGAGUGUCCGAAGAAUAGGUAAAUAUAUUCGUAGUAACGUGCGUGAUCCGAAAACCUUUGUCACCAUAACCGAACUUUUGUAAAAAAGUGUCAUAUAAAAAUCGCCACAAUUACGCACACAGCCAAUAUUUACUACUUAUACUCUUUUUCUUAUUUUUGUAAUCACUCCCGCUGUUUGAGCAUUGUGUGUUUCGAUAUGUGUGCAAGUCUUAAAAUUUCAGUGCCUUGUGGUAGUAAUAACUUCCAGCUUAU